UUACUUUCAAAUUUCCAAGGUGGUUCUUGUUUUGAAUUAUUUUAGACAAGCAUUCCAAAUUGCUCGAAAUAUUUUGUGAAUCAGCAGAUCUAGUAAUGUCAGAGGCUAUACUAAACAGAGUUCGCAACAUAGUAAUUGAUUACACAAAUAAACAUCAAUAUGAGUCGGCGCUUUUUUGGUCAGACAAAGCUGCAUCUUUAUCACAGUACCAUGCAUCGGAUGUAUACCGACUUGCCCAAUCAAUGUUCCACAUGAAGCAAUUCGAACGAGCUGCAGUGCUUAUCAUCAAAAGAAAACUGCAUUUAAAAUAUAAUGCAUUUAGGUACCUUGUUGCAAAAUGUUAUGCUUCAUGCAAAGAAUGGCAACUUGCACUUGAUGUGUUGGAAACUGUGCAACCAGAUGGUAGCACUAGUAUGGUGUCCAAGAAAAUAUUGUUGGAGGCUGAAAAAGUGGAGGGCGUGCCAGAGGAUAAGGAAAUGAUUGCCAGUCUGCAUUUAUUGAGGGGUGACAUUUAUGAAGCUAUGGAUGUAAGAGAUAUCGCUGCUGACUGCUACAAGGAAGCUGUAAAAGCGGAUGUAUUUUGUUAUGAAGCUUUUGAUCGUUUGAUCGGACAUCAUAUGCUGCGUGCGGAAGAGGAGCAAGAUCUUCUUGAUUCUCUUCCAAUGAGAAAACAAUGUAAAUCAGUGGAGGAACAAAAUCUUCUACGAUUUUUAUACGACAUCAAACUGAAAAAAUACAACAAGCCUGGACAACUUGAGGUUCCUGACAGUGUCGACAACUUGCAUGAGAACCUUGAUAUUGCUACUAGUUUAGCUGAGAGACAUUAUUACAACUGCGAAUUCAAAACAAGUUACAAGAUUACAGAAAACAUAUUAAAAUGUGAUCCAUACCAUGGUGCAUGUCUUCCACUGCAUGUUGCUCUGCUUGUUGAGUUGAAAAAAAGCAACAAGUUAUUUUAUCUCGCACAUCAACUUGUAUCAAGAUAUCCUGAGUUACCGAUAUCAUGGUAUGCGGUUGGCUGUUACUACUUACUGCAGCCAAAGAAGCAAGAACUAGCACGUCGGUAUUUGCUUAAAACAACGUUACUUGAUAAGAUGUAUGGACCGGCAUGGUUGGCUUACGGACAUUCAUUUGCAUCGGAAAACGAACAUGACCAAGCAAUGGCUGCAUAUUUCACAGCUUCUCAACUCAUGAAGGGAUGUCACCUGCCAUUCCUAUACAUUGGAUUGGAAUACAGUGUAACAAACAACACAAAACUUGCGGAAAAGUUUUUCUCCACUGCGCUGGAGAUAUGUCCCGAUGAUCCGCAUGUAUUGCAUGAAAUGGGGGUGGCUUCAUGCACAAACAAUGAUUACCAGAGUGCAGUGGAAUAUUUUAACAAAGCUUUGAAUAAAAUCCAAGAACUUGGAGAUGAAGUCUCAAUUGAAGAAUGGAAACCAUUGCUUAAUAACCUUGGUCAUGUACACAGGCAUUUAAAGAAUUACCCCCAAGCACUGACUUACCACCGCCAAGCAUUGGUUUUGUCCCCACAUUCCGCUGAUACUUACACCAACAUCGGGUUUGUGUUAAGCUACAUGGGGAACUAUCUGGAGGCAAUUGAAUAUCUGCAUAAAUCACUGGGUCUUCGAAGAGACGAUGCAUUCACAGCAAGCUUACUGGAUACUGUGAUUGAACAAUUCUCAGAUUCCGAUAUCCCAGUGUAUGGUGAAGUGGUUGAACCACCUGAACUUCCUCCAACUUGUACGAGAGAAUUUGCGUAUAAACCUGAAGAUUCUCUGAUAGAUUGUCAGUCUGAAAAACCACGGAAACCACUUCAACCAGCUUUUUCUGAUGCUUCUGGUGACAGCACCACUGCCACACCAUCACCAAACAAUCCUUUGACAUUUAACUAUAAACUGGAAGUCACAGACAACUACACCACACCAGAAGAAGCAAAGUGUCUUGACACUCCCAUGUCUGGUAUUACGGCACUCAACUACACAAGUCAUGACGAGAGCUGUAGUAAAGAUACUGACCUUGGUACUUCAAUGACUGGUAUGUCGUACCCUCACACUCGUAGUAAGGGAACUGUUGACCAUGACGAUUCUACAUGGUGGGCCAGAAAAAGGGGUGAAGCACAUAGUGGGUCAACCGGCACGUUGAGCACGUCCACUGUGCACGGACAGGAUGGUAGCUUAUUAGAUCAAUCUGCUUUCACAUCCCCUGGCACAGAACAAGGGGGGAAUCAAGUUUUUUCAACAGACGAUGAUAUGGAUUUGGAUGAUUCAACAGACCAAUAAAUACUUUUUUCCAAUUUUUCUCACAUUCAAAUUUACAGAAAAUGAACCUAUUAAAAUGCUUUCAUUACUUUUUAAAGUUCUCUGUAUUGCAAAUUGCGCCAUAUUUCUUUUGUAAUGAGUUGUGCUGUUAAAUAGUGCAUUAGUACUCUUGUUAACAGAGACUUUGUAUUGUUUAG